UUCCUAUUCGUAGGGUCAUAGACGUAUUAAUAUUAUACCAAUAUGUUUAUGCGUAGGGUUUGCUGUAGAUUUACAUUUUUUGAUUUUUUUAAACAUUUUUCUUAUCUUGUAACUUGUUUGUCAUUGUCUUAUCACAAUUUGCCCUUCACGGCUUCACCCCUCUUCACACCAUGUAGACAUUAGACGGUUGUACUAAAGACCGGCAGUCACCACUCCGUUAAAUACUUAUUACACCAAUAAAGUACCAAUAUAUUCCCCCACGGCCGAAACGAAUAUUAGUCUGUAACUAAUUAUGACCGGAACUGGAGGGGAAAGUUGAAAAGUUAGUUCGUGUGAGGACGUUCGGGAACAGCAAGUAAUUCACAGAACUUCGACUACGUCUGUUUUCUUCCGGUCACGCUUUGCAGAACAGCAAUAAAAUGGCAGCUAAUGAUAAAAGUAAAAAGUUUUCGCGAUGGUAUUUCGGUGGUAUUGGUUCGGCUGGUGCUGCAUGUUGUACACAUCCAUUGGAUUUGCUCAAGGUACAUUUACAAACACAACAAGAAGGCAAACUGUCCGUUAGUCGUUUGGCAAUGAAAAUUAUCAGAGAACAAGGGGUAUUUUCACUGUAUACAGGUAUUUCAGCAUCAUUAUGUAGACAACUGACGUAUUCGACCGUACGAUUUGGAAUAUAUGAGGUUGGAAAACAAGCAAUGACCAAACCUGGUGAAAACAUUCUGUUCUAUAAAACAGUGCUAUUGGCUUCUGCUGCAGGGGCAGCUGGUGGGUUUGUUGGAACCCCAGCUGAUAUGAUUAACGUACGAAUGCAGAAUGAUGUAAAGUUACCACUGGAAAAACGUAGAAAUUACAAGCAUGCCUUUGAUGGUUUUAUACGUGUUUGGCGAGAAGAAGGAUUUACCAGAUUGUUUUCGGGUGCAUCCACAGCUACAAUGCGUGCUGUUCUAAUGACUGUUGGACAGUUAUCCUUCUAUGAUCAAGUGAAACAAUUAUUGUUAUCAUCUGGACACUUUGGUGAUAACUCUACUACACACUUUUUAUCUAGUCUAACUGCUGGCGCUGUCGCGACAACCCUCACUCAACCUUUGGAUGUGUUAAAAACUCGGGCAAUGAAUGCUAAACCAGGCGAAUUUUCAGGUACACUUGAUUUAGUUAGAUACACUGCAAAGCUUGGACCAAUGGGAUUCUUUAAGGGUUAUGUUCCAGCAUUUGUGAGAUUGGCUCCUCAAACAAUUCUUACAUUUGUCUUCUUAGAACAAUUACGAUUGAACUUCGGUUACUAUAAAGCAUAAUUGCAAUAAGAGAAACGUAGUAACAUGCAAUAUUUUUAUUAAGUCUUAAAAUUUAUGUUAUUGAUGAAACAUUUUAUCUAUUUAUUCUUCAAUGAUACUUUACAUGCAAUAAAUACUAGGUGUGAA